AUGAAGAUUUUGGUUGGAGUUAAGAGAGUGGUCGAUUAUGCAGUAAAGAUUCGAGUUAAGCCUGAUAAGACUGGUGUGAUUAAGGACAAUGUGGCACAUUCCGUGAAUCCUUUCUGCGAGAUCGCGUUGGAAGAAGCCGUGAAACUGAAGGAAGCGAAGAAGGCUAGCGAAGUUGUAGCUGUCACUUUUGGAAAUGCCAAGAGUUUGGUAAGAAUUUUUUGGUUAUUUCUUUGGAUUUUAGGUAAAUGAUUGGAAGUUUCUUGGGUUUUUUGAGCAAUAUUACUACUUAUUAUAGGUUUGUUAAUUUUCUGUGAAGAAGUUGGUUUUUGAAAUUAAAGGAACAGUCUUUCUGUAUCAAUAUAUUUAAAUUGAGUGAACUAAAGUAGAUAAGGAAAGUAUUAUUGUUGAUUUACGUCUUCUGUAUACUUUAAAAGUUUUUUGAAACUAGGUUAUAACAUUAAUAAUUUUUUUACUCGAUUUGUUUUAGGAAAGUCUCCGCACAGCUUUGGCCAAGGGAGCUGACAAAGCUAUUCAUAUCGAAUGUGACGACAAAACUGCAGACAAGCUGGAGCCUUACCAUGUAGCAAAAGCUCUAGCCGAGUUGGUCAAAAAAGACAAGUAUGAUGCAGUCUUUCUUGGCAAGCAAGCCAUUGAUGAUGAUGCCAACCAAACUGGUCAACUGUUGGCUGGAUUCUUGGACUGGCCUCAAGCUACGUUUGCUUCAAAGGUUGGGCCUUCGGAUGGCGCUCUCAUCGUGACUCGUGAGAUUGAUGGUGGUCUACAAACAGUUAAGGUGAAGUUACCUGCUGUUGUUACUGCUGACUUGCGCUUAAACGAGCCAAGAUACGCUACACUACCAAACAUUAUGAAGGCCAAGAAGAAGCCGGUAGAGAAGUUGACGGCUGAGAAAUUGGGCGUAGACCUUACUCCUCAAACUGAGAUUUUGGAGGUAAGUUAUUAAUUUAUAAUUUUGAGCUUUCAGUUUGGAUAUAAAAGGUUAUAUUGAUGACAAACAUCUUAAAGCUAUUGUUUUCAAAACUAAAUAACUAAGUUUGUUUAGGUAACUGAGCCCCCAACUCGUCAAGCUGGUGGAUUUGUUGAAGACGUACCAACUCUGGUCAAGAAGUUGAAGGAAAAAGGUGUCGUUGCCUAA